CCUCGCCCCCCCUCCCCGACUCCGCACGCCGUCUCCACCUCGCUCACACACACACACACACACACACGCGAGCACUCUGCCUCUCAUUCUGCCUUUCCCCGUAGGUGCACCGAUAGCCGCUGAAUGAGGGCGAAAAGUUAAGGGAUUAAAGCAAUAUGAACCAUCGUUGCUCGUAGCGGUGCCGUAUCCAGAGCAGAGCAGUAUCCAGCGAGCAUCCCCGCAGGAAUGGAGUCGGUAAAACAAAGGAUUUUGACCCCUGGCAAGGAGGGAUUGAAGAAUUUUGCUGGAAAAUCGCUUGGUCAACUCUACAGAGUCCUAGAGAAGAGGCAGAAGCCCGGCGACACCAUCGAGCUGACUGAAGAUGGAAAACCCAUGGAAGUGCCCGAAAAGAAAGCCCCGCUGUGCGACUGUACGUGCUUCGGGCUGCCCCGGAGGUACAUCAUUGCCAUCAUGAGYGGACUGGGAUUCUGCAUUUCCUUCGGGAUCCGAUGUAACUUGGGAGUGGCCAUCGUGGAUAUGGUCAAUAACAGCACCAUACACCGAGGAGGAAAAAUUAUUAAAGAGAAAGCGAAGUUUAACUGGGAUCCCGAAACGGUCGGCAUGAUCCACGGCUCCUUUUUCUGGGGGUACAUCAUCACCCAGAUCCCCGGAGGGUACAUCUCAUCCCGGCUGGCGGCCAACAGAGUAUUUGGUGCUGCUAUUCUGCUGACAUCCUCCCUCAACAUGCUCAUACCAUCUGCAGCCAGGGUGCACUACGGAUGYGUCAUCUUCGUCAGGAUCUUGCAGGGCCUUGUAGAGGGGGUCACCUACCCUGCCUGCCACGGCAUUUGGAGCAAGUGGGCCCCCCCAUUAGAAAGAAGUAGGUUAGCAACCACUUCCUUUUGUGGUUCCUAUGCAGGAGCUGUCAUUGCAAUGCCUUUAGCUGGGAUUCUAGUGCAAUACACGGGGUGGUCUUCUGUGUUCUAUGUGUAUGGGAGCUUUGGUAUAGUCUGGUACAUGUUUUGGCUUUUGGUUUCAUAUGAGAGCCCUGCCAAGCACCCYACGAUCACAGAUGAAGAAAGGAGAUACAUAGAAGAGAGCAUUGGAGAGAGUGCCAACCUCCUCGGUGCAAUGGAAAAAUACAAAACACCGUGGAGAAAAUUUUUUACAUCCAUGCCAGUCUAUGCAAUAAUAGUUGCAAACUUCUGUAGAAGCUGGACUUUUUACUUGCUGCUAAUUAGUCAGCCUGCUUACUUUGAGGAGGUGUUUGGAUUUGAAAUAAGCAAGGUGGGUAUCUUAUCCGCCGUGCCGCAUUUAGUGAUGACAAUUAUUGUCCCCAUUGGGGGACAAAUUGCAGACUUUUUAAGGAGCAGGCAGAUUGUUUCAACAACCAAUGUGAGAAAGAUAAUGAACUGUGGAGGUUUUGGUAUGGAAGCAACUCUUCUUCUCGUGGUGGGAUAUUCACACAGCAAAGGAGUGGCCAUUUCAUUCUUAGUGCUUGCUGUAGGCUUUAGUGGAUUUGCCAUAUCUGGAUUCAAUGUCAACCACUUAGACAUUGCCCCGAGGUAUGCYAGCAUCUUAAUGGGGAUUUCUAAUGGAGUCGGGACCUUGUCUGGAAUGGUUUGCCCUAUAAUUGUUGGAGCAAUGACAAAGAACAAGACRCGUGAAGAAUGGCAGUACGUCUUCCUCAUCGCUGCUCUGGUCCAUUACGGAGGUGUAAUCUUCUAUGGCAUAUUUGCAUCAGGAGAGAAACAGCCCUGGGCAGACCCUGAGCAGACAAGUGAAGAGAAAUGUGGCUUUAUUCACGAAGAUGAACUUGCUGAAGAGACGGGGGACAUUACUCAGAAUUAUGUAAAUUAUGGUACCACCAAGUCUUACGGUGCUACGACCCAGGUCAAUGGUGGCUGGCCUAAUGGCUGGGAGAAAAAAGAGGAAUUUGUACAAGAGGAAGUACAAGACUCAUACACCUACAAGGAAAGAGAUUAUUCAUAACAGACCUAAAUAUUUGGUAUAUUUUGUAGUGUUUGUGAUUAAAUUCAUUGUGAUUGUUUGCACACGGAAAAUAAAAUGUGGUAUAAACAUGUAAACACAUAUCAAACAGGAAGGUCUUACUGUAAAAAAAAAAAAAUACAUCAAAGUGCAAUCUGUAUGAGUUGUGAUGUUAUCACUUUCAUUAGAUUAUAUUUGUUCUAUAAACAUUAGAGUUUUAAGGGUUUACUGGUCAAAACUAUAGAGGCAAUUAGAUCCUUUACAGUAUACAAGAGCUAAAACUCAUAAUUAAAAGAUAAAAGCACAACGAAGCAACCGAGUUGGCACAUCUAACGCUCUUUUUAGAAAGCCAAAACUACUUGAUCAUUUAAAAAAAAAUGCACUUAUAUAUUUGUUACACUGUAUUGAAAGAGAUUGUGUUGAAGACACACAUUUACUCAGUGCAAUGUAGGAGUUGUGUGUUCAGUCCAGGACRAGAACUUCCUUAAAUGAGGAAGGUUAAGUCCGAGGCAUUUUUUUGAGGAUUGAUCCAGUUCCCUUUGCUGGUAAUUGUGUCAAGCCUAAAGAACAAAUAGGGCAUAUUGUAUGUUUGUCGUGAUUACAUGCUGCAGGCUACUCUGUGAUGAAUAAAGGAGCUAUUUAGGAGUUUUAUACUGAAUGUUUGGGCACAAAUUCUUAUUUCUGUUCUUUGCAGAACCUCAUGAAAUUAUAGACUUUGUCAUGUUCYUCCCUGCAUUUAUCAGCUAAUAUAAAAAACAAUGUAAAAACWAUAUUAAGUCUGACUUUUCAGGCAGCCUGGCAAAUCCCUUUAUCAAAAAACAAGCUUUAUUAUUCUAUUCUUUGCAGUAUGUUCUGAAUUUGUACAGGUGUCUUUAGAGAGGGAAAAAAAACCCCAAUAUAACAUUUAAAAAAUAUAUAGUCUUUUACAAAAUUCCAAAGAGAAGUUUAUUAUGAACAAGUAGCCCUAUGAAAAAAGGAUGCAUUUGUUUUGCAGAAUAUUUUGAAACCAAUAGAAGAAACAGAGAAUAAUUUAACCCUUAUUCUUCCCUUAAUAGCUUUCAUAUUUUUACACAUCGUGCCACAGUUGUAUACAUAGAUAUAAGUUUAUUGAAGAUACUGUAACUAUAGAAAAAUGUUAUUUUAGAAAUCCCUGAAAGAAAAGAUGUAUUUGUCUUUCRAUCAAACCUAAUAAUAACGAUGGACACUGAAUAUGAGUGACAUAAAAACUCACAAUAAACCAAAGUGGUAAAUAACUAGUGUUGGGUUGAAAGAAGCCAACAAGCGCCACGCUUGUCUUUUUAGCAUAACUCAACAGUGACUGCAACAUUAGUGUACCAAGCAAUAAGUGCAAUGCAUUAUCAAGUGCAUAAUCUUCUAGAGAAAUAUAUUUAACCUUCAUUUAGCUUGUUGUAUAUACUUGGGGUUGUUGGGAUUGAAACCAAACCGAACCAACUGGAGUUAGCAACACCAGACCACUUCUUAAUACUCUAAAAAUGACGAUGA